AAUUGGGACAGCAAGUACUUCCUGAAGUGGACGAACAUGGCAACGUACUAGCUAUGAGUCAAUUGCACAGUGAUAUAUUAAGUAAAAGAAAGUGUAAUGAAGCUGAGAAAGCCGAAAAACAAUAUAAACGAAUUUGUAUUGCAACUCUUAUUCAACCUUAUAAUGAAAGUGAAGCUUAUAAUAGUGGUGAAGAGAAUCAGGUGCAAGAAAAAUUAGCAGAAUGUUUCUUUCACACUAAAAGUGAUAGUGAGGAUAGCAUUAUAUCGAUUUCUGAUAAUUUACAAACCAAUUCACAAACCAAUCCACAAACUCAUUCAAAUAAACCUUUUAAAAUGAAUGAGGAUAUGAUUGAUGAUUCAGAUACUUUCAAUAAAGAGACUUGGUCACACAUAGUUGAAGGCUGGGUUAAUAUGUUAAAUGAUAAGGAGUUAGAUAAUGAAAGUGCAAAUAAUAAACAAUUUGAAUUUGAAUUGAGUGGACGUAUAACUCAUUCCACAGAUGAUUUAUCGGCAAAAUGGAGUUUAUUAGGAUUAUUCAAUAAUUUAUUGGAAGCUUCUGAACGUCAAACUUAUAAUAUUCAACACCCAAGUUAUACAAGUCAUACUAUGCAAGAACACCCAACUCAAAAACAUCCAACACAAGAAUGCUUAACUCAAGAAUACACAACAAAAGAACGCUCAACUGAAGAAUGCUUAACUUAUACAUUUCCGAAGUAA